AUGCGGUCCUUCGCCACGAUUGCCAGCCUUCUGUUGGCGUAUUGCACCGCCGUAUACGCAACCGCCCUUACCUACCGCCUCGAUGCACACGAGAAGGCCUGCUUCUUCGCAAACGUAGAGCACAAGGGAACCAAAGUCGCAUUCUAUUUCGCCGUACAGUCUGGUGGCUCAUUCGACAUUGACUACUCGGUGGUUGGCCCCGGAUCGAAUGGCGGACAAGAGAAAGUCAUCCUCGACGGAACCAAGGAACGACAGGGCGACUUCGUCUUCACAGCCAACGAGGUUGGCGAGUACCGUUUUUGCUUCAACAAUGAGAUGAGCACCUUCGCCGAGAAGCUAGUUGACUUCGAGAUUGCUAUCGAGAAUGAGGCUCCGCGAGCCGCCAUUCCCUCAAAACAGGGUUCCUCGCCAGAACAAACCACCGUCCUCGAAGAAUCCAUCCUCAAGCUUUCCGCCCAACUCUCCACAAUCUCGCGCAACCAAAAGUACUUCCGUACCCGCGAGAACCGCAACUUCAGCACCGUCAAGAGCACCGAGAAGCGCAUCUUCAACUUCAGCCUCAUGGAGGGUGGAUUGAUGGUCGUUAUGGCGGGUCUGCAGGUCGCAGUCGUGCGGUUCUUCUUCCAGGGCGCAAGGAAAGGCUAUGUCUAA